AAAAUAAAAUAAAUUAGAACCAUAUAUAAUGUAGUUAAUUAUAUGUUUUCCAAUAAAAUAAUUCCGUUUAUUUCAGAUACAGGAGGUGGUUGAAUAUAUUCAUCAGGAAGUUUUAAAUAUCUUAGAAAAUACGCAUGGUAUGGACGAAGAAACUAAAAAAAAAGUCAUCGAAAAGGUUGCAGCCAUAAAGUAUCACGUAGGAUAUCCUAAAGAGCUUCUGAAUGAUUUUAUUAUCUCUGAUCUAUACGCAAAUUUAAGGCUUAACAAAAAUUAUUUCGAGAAUGUGCUGAAAGUUCGUAAAUGGUAUACUGACUCAUUCCUGUCACUGCUAAAGAAACCUACGACAAAUGACGAGUGGAAGAUUAACGCAGACGGAACUCGAGCAAAUCUAUUUUACAAGAAAUCGAGAAAUAGCAUUGGUGAAUUCAUCUUCCUUCCUUUAUAAAGUCCUUAAGUUUUUAAUCUGCCAUUUUGAAAGAG